AUGAGAAUUCUUAAACAUCAUGAGCAGAAACUGCUGAAGAAAGUUGACUUUCUCAACUAUAAGCAAGAUGAUAAUAAUCAUCGUGAUUUGAUGGUCAUGCGCCGCUAUCAUAUUCCCAAACGAGAGGAAUAUCAAAAAUAUAACAUUGUUUGUGGUAAAUUUCGCCAAUUGGCUCAUCGUAUUUCCUUGCUAAGUCCUACGGAUCCUUUUCGCUUAAAGUACGAAAAUCUACUUCUGGAGAAGCUCUUUGACAUGGGGAUUCUACCUUCAAAAUCAAAGAUGUCUGAUAUCGAGAAUCGAGCCAACGUUUCUGCUAUAUGUCGUCGUCGCUUACCUGUUAUUAUGUGCAAACUGAGAAUGUCACAAACAAUCUCUGCUGCUACAAAGCUCGUCGAGCAAGGUCACGUUCGUGUCGGUCCUCAUGUUAUUACUGAUCCUGCCUAUCUUGUUACAAGAAAUUUAGAAGACUUUGUUACAUGGACCGAUACCUCCAAGAUUAAACGAACCGUUGCCAAGUAUAAUGAUAAGCUGGAUGAUUAUGAUUUACUCUAA